AAACAAAAACAACAAAAAUCUCUCCUGCUUUUUUUUUUAAUGCAAAAAAGUCAAAAAUUAAUAAAAAAAAAAUACUGUGCUGUUAUUUAUUCACUUUGUUCCUUUUUUCAGGUUUGUUACAGCGAAUACUAUACGGUACGUUGGACUACCGGUGAAAUUGAUCACAUAUUUGAUCGAUUUUGUGCCCAUUACGUGGAAUGUACAUUUCGUGGUUUCUAUCCCAAUUGCUUAUCGUUACCAGAUUUGGAUGAAAAAGUACGGCAAACAUUCUUUGCUCAGCAAGCCAAAACCUAUCAGAAACGUAUUGACCAAAUAUUACAUUCCAGGUUUGAAUUCAAUUCUUUCUUCCCCAUCAUCAGUUGCUGCCAUCGCUGA